UUUAAAGAGUUUAAAGUUUUGUUUAGUGAUCUUUAAAGUCCUUGUGACGUCGAAUCUUUAAUAACACCUAUUUUGUAGCCGAAAAGUCCAGAAGUUGGGUUAUAUCUCGUUAUAUUGUGUAUAGCUCCAUCCCCCGAGACCUCCAAAUGAAAUACACGGAGUCCUUGUUAGCUAGCUAGAGCGUCAUAUGAUCAGUUUGUAAACUAGUCAAUAUUAAAUGCAUCCGUUUGCAAAGGUAAAGCCGCCUAAAUAUAAGAUACUGACGGUAAGGAGCUCAUCUAAGUCUGUCCACAGACAAAUAGACGAUAACAGUCUACUUCCUGAGUGGAGGGAAGGGGCUUGGUCCCGUGCCUGCGCCCCGCGACCGCGCACCGAAUUAGCAUCGAUGAAGUUGUCGCGAACAUGGCGGAUUUCCUGCCGACGCGGUCCGUGCUCAAAGUGUGCCUGCCCGUCUGCCUACUCAGCAGCGGCGAGGUGGAGCAGGUCCGCCGCUCCAAGGAGAUCGACCGACGGCUCUCCCGGGAGAAGACGUACGUCAAGCGGCUGGUGAAGAUCCUGCUUCUGGGCGCGGGCGAGAGCGGCAAGUCGACGUUCCUCAAACAAAUGCGGAUCAUCCACGGCCAGGACUUCGACCAGCAAGCCCGGGAGGACUUCCGAGCCACCAUUUACAGCAACGUGAUCAAAGGCAUACGUGUGUUGGUGGACGCCCGGGAGAAGCUGCACAUCCCGUGGGGGGACCCCAGAAACCAGCAGCACGGCGACAAGCUGAUGUCGUUCGACACGCGCUCGGCCAAGAUGGUCCGUGGGCAGCUGGAGACGCCCGUCUUCCUGCAGUACCUGCCCGCCAUCAAGACCCUGUGGGCCGACUCUGGGAUCCAGAACGCAUACGACCGCCGUCGCGAGUUUCAGCUGGGCGAGUCGGUGAAGUAUUUCUUGGAUAAUCUGGAUAAGCUUGGCGAACUGAAUUAUCUGCCGAGUCAGCAGGACAUCCUGCUGGCACGAAAGCCCACCAAGGGCAUCCACGAGUACGACUUUGAUAUCAAGAAUGUGCCUUUCAAGAUGGUGGACGUCGGGGGCCAGCGGUCGGAGCGGAGGCGCUGGUUCGAGUGCUUCGACUCUGUCACCUCCAUCCUCUUCCUCGUCUCCUCCUCAGAGUAUGACCAGGUUCUGAUGGAGGAUCGUCAGACCAACCGUCUGUGUGAAUCCCUCAACAUCUUUGAGACCAUCGUCAACAACCGCGUCUUCGCCAACGUCUCCAUCAUCCUCUUCCUCAACAAGACGGACCUGCUGGAGGAGAAAGUGAAGAGCGUGCCGCUCAAGGACUACUUUCCCGACUACGCCGGGCCCGAGCACAGCCUGCCGAAUGUCCAGGCCUUCAUGGUGGAGUGCUUCAGGGCCAAGCGGCGCGAUGCCACCCAGAAGCCUCUGUACCACCACUUCACCACGGCCAUCAACACAGAGAACAUCAGGCUGGUGUUCCGAGACGUCAAGGACACGAUUCUCCACGACAACCUCAAGCAGCUCAUGCUCCAAUGACCCCCGUCAGACUCAAGAAGAAUCCAGUAGAACUUGUCAGCGGCUUUUCUAUUAGUCUGUGCUCUCCUCCUCGUGAAGAGUUGGUAGUCCGAGUUUGGUAGGAGAACACGUCACUGCUUUGUGGCAUGGAGUGGACCAAAUGCUGACGAGAUAUGUUGGACUUUUGGCGAAAGGCGUCACUGUGGAGAACAACAAAAUGGUCAGAAGGUUUCAUCCGUGCCAUGCAGUGGUCUAUUUUCCGAACACUGAAUUGAUCCAGAUAACUCAUUGUGUGUUGCACUGCUUUGUGAAUACAUGAACAUUCCCUCUUCUUCCUGGUCUGCAUCUUCAAGCCCAGAACCGUCUCCCUGUGAUGCCUUUCCAGUAGUGUCUUAAUCGAGACCUAGUUGCUCUUGAAAUCCUGCAUUUGUGCCAAAAAAUGCAACUUUCCAUUUUCCCUUGUGACAUUUAGGGCCAACAGUUCUCAGGGUUGAAUCGAAAGAAGCGAUGACGUCACGAUGGGUGAACUAUGUCAACAAUCUGUGUAGGUGUCAGUGAAUCAUCCGACACCACAUGCCUUCUGGGGGUUGGUUGUUUUUCCCCUUCAAAACGAGCCCCUGUCAGCUUUGUACAUACUGAAAUCUCUUUCCGUGUAAAUAAUGUCCAGGUUUAUCUCCUCGUGUGUAAAUGGUUGUAGAAAUUGCGUCAUUUUCUUUUCCAUUCUUGAAUGUAACACGAUCACUGCUUUUGUUCCUAAUGAAGAUAAUGUUUCUUUUUUUCCACCAUAUUUUUGAAAUUAAUUCCUCUGUCCAUUGUCAUGGCACUCAAUA